CAUGCUCUCCCUCCAGAACCUCACAGUAGGGCAGAGUGGGACAAUGGGUUGCUGGGCUCUGCCACUGGUUUCUUUCCUCCUGCUCCUCUGCACGUCUGGGGGACAGGUCCCACACCGUCGCAGAUUGUCACCAAACCUGGACUCAUUGGACUACUAUGGAAACCCAAGGGAUCCGAUCAGUAAUGAGCCAUGGUUCAUUGUUGUGGCUCCAAACCUGCUGAGGGCAGACAGCCCGGAGAACAUCUACCUGGAAGCCGGCGGCCUGCGCGGUCAGCCAACAGUCUCCAUCUCCAUUAGGGACUACACCAAGUCCAUUCUGCUCUACGAUGACACGUUCAUAAUGGACUCUGAGCAAGAGGGCCACACCCUCAGAAGCAUCCAGCUUCCCUCGGCCCUUCUGGAGCCAGAGGAUCUCAGGAACCGGUAUGUGUACCUUGGGGUGAACUUCCACGGGUACCAUCUGUUGGAGAAAGUGAUUAUGGUGUCGUUCCAGCAGGGGUACAUCUUCGUCCAGACUGACAAGCCCAUCUACAACCCUGGGGACACCGUGCGGAUGAGGGCCUAUGUAUCUUCUUCGUCCUUCAAGGCAUCUAACAGCACUCUGAUGGUGGAGUUUCAGAAUCCAGAAGGCGUUGUGGUGAAGCAGACAAUGUUGUUCGAGGCUGAGGACGGCGUUCGCCCAGAGUCCUUCGUUCUCUCUGACCACGCCAAUGAAGGUGUGUGGGCAGUGAUUACGAAGUUUGACGCCCGUCCGCAGAACACCUUCAGAGCCCAGUUUGAAGUGAAGAAAUACGUUCUGCCUGCUUUCAACGUGACGCUGGUGCCCAGUAGCCCCUACCUCAGCCUGGACCACACCCGGCUGGAGGUGGCUGUCUCAGCCAGGUACCUGUAUGGAGAGCCGGUCCAGGGGACAGCCUACGUGGUGUUUGGACUGGUGAUCAAUAAUUUGAUGAAGAGGCUCCCAUCGGUGAAACAUGUUUCUGACCUGGAUGGGGGCUUGGCGACGCUGACGAUGGAGGAGAUCAGAAGCGCGUUCCCUGACCUCCGCUCGCUGGUGGGCAGCUCCGUGUACGUGAAGGCCUCCGUCCUCACAGCUUCAGGAAGUGACUUGGUCGAAGCUUCGAAGACCAACAUCAGGAUAGUGGAUUCUCCGUAUAUUCUGACCUUCAGCCAUUUGCCCCAAUACUUCAAACCUGGCAUGCCCUUUGAUUUCACAAUCCAGCUCAACUACCAGGACGGAUCUCCAGCCAGUGAUGUCCUGAUCAAAGUGGAUCUGGUGGACAGUGUGCUGUCCACUAGCGCCGCGGGCUCCUUAAGAGUCAACAUCAAUAUGCCCAGAACAUCUGGACCUCAGACCAUCACAGUUGAGACGGCGGAGCCGGGUCAGAGGUCAGGGCAGCAGGCCCGACAGCAGACCACGGUGCUGCCCUACCAGCCCUUCAGCAGGAGCCAGCAGAACUUCCUGUACAUGGCGGCCACUGACAGCAUGACGGCGGGGAACACGCUGAGGCUGCUCCUCGUCAUCAGCCCGGCUGACAGCAUGCACCUGCAGCUGAUAAAGCACCUCACCUACCUGGUGAUCAGUAAGGGUAAGAUCCUGCAGGCCAGGCGUCUGAGUAUGGAGGGCCAGGUGCAGCUGGCCGUGACACUCAGGGUCACCCAGGACAUGAGGCCCUCCUUCAGGGUGGUGGCCUACUACACCCUGCCCUGGCUACGCCACAUGGAGGUGGUGUCUGACUCCAUCUGGGUGGACCUGGACGACGGCUGUGUGGGAGGGCUGCAUGUGGGACCUGAGGAUGGGCGCCACCGAGACCUCCUCCCCGGUAAGGCCUUCAGAUUCAAGGUCAGAGGUGACCCGGGGGCCAAGGUCAAUUUAGUCGCCGUCGACAAUGCGGUGUUCCUGCUAAGCAAGGAGAGACUCACACAGAGUAAGAUGUGGAGUGCGGUGGAGAAAGGGGAAAUGGGCUGUACCCGAGGCGGAGGGAAGGACGGGAUGGGGGUCUUCAAAGAUGCUGGGCUGCACUUCUCCUCCAGCUUAGGAGCCAAUACCAGCCCCCGACAGGGGCUAGGGUGUCCUGCUAGUGCCAGAAAGAGGCGCUCUGCUGAGCUGUGGAAACGCAAGGCCCAGCUGGAGGCGCAGUACCGGGAGGAGCUCCAGCGGCGGUGCUGCCAGGCCGGCCUGCGGGACGUGGCCAUGCCGUACUCGUGCACGCGGCGCUCGCUCUACAUCACCGAGGGCUGGGAAUGCAUACGCGCCUUCCGCGACUGCUGCGCCCACCUGCGCGGCCAGUCGUUCGACACCAGCCGGCCCACCACCCCGCCACCUCUGACCACCACCCCCCCACCUCCGACCACCACCCCCCCACCUCCGACCACCACCCCCCUAAGGUUCCCCUUUGGCCAACCAUUCUGGAGGGGACCACCAAUAGGACCACCAAGUCGCAGUGGACUACCUGGUCACAGUGGACACUCUGGAGGGCAAAUACGUCCUGCGUCGGGGACAAUGUGGACGGUGGAAGACGAUGAUGAGGAGGAAGGAGAGUACAUGGCGGAGUACGACGUGUACCUGCGCUCCAAGUUCUACGAGUCAUGGCUGUGGCGGGACGUCCGCCUCCCGGACACGCCGGACGGAAGGGACGGGCUGGCCUCCAUCACCAUGACGACCGCCCUCCCAGACAGCAUCACAGAGUGGAGCGUCAUGGCCAUCAGCGCAUCCCACGAUACAGGCUUCUGUGUGGCCAAGCCUUACAACGUGAAAGCCUGGAAGAAGUUCUUUGUGGACUUGAAGCUGCCUUACUCUGUGGCCCGCCAUGAGCAGAUCCAGAUCAAAGCUGUGCUCCGUAACUAUGGACAACAGAGAUUACACGUGAGGGUGGUCUUGAUGGUGACAGAGGGCAUAUGCAGCGUUGCCUUCAGUGAGCAACACACACAGGAAGUGGAUCUGCCGGCAGGCGGGACAGUGGUGGUGCCCUACACGCUAGUGCCCCUGGUGGUGGGAAAGCUUCCUGUGCAGGUGAUGGUGUUGGGACGGGACUUGAUGGGCGGAGACCGCGUUGAGAAGAUACUUCGGGUGGUGCUGGAGGGAGUGCAGAAGACACUUGUCCGCAGUUUUGUGUUGGACCCUUCUGCUCAUGGAGGAACCCAGAACAUCCAUCCGGGCAAGGUGCAGCUGGAGUCCGUGGUUCCCAACUCCUCUCCUCUAACCUUCAUUAACAUCAGAGGCAGCGUGCUUGCCGACAGCAUCGAUAACUCCAUCAGCGACGACUCCCUGGCCUCCCUGAUCCGCAUGCCUGGGGGCUGUGUGGAGCAGAACCUGGCCGGCAUCACCCUGCCCCUCAUCGCCACCCUCUACCUGGACUCCACCCACGGCUGGGAGAGCGUGGGCGUGCAGCGCAGGGUGGAGGCAAUCGGCUACAUUACCAAAGGCUAUGAGAAACAGCUGGCUUAUCGUAAAAGUGACGGCUCUUACCCCCCCUACAGGAAGGAAGGCACUAGUACAUGGAUCACAGCGUUUGUAGUGAAGGUGUUCUCCAUGGCCUACUCCCUGGUGAGGGUGGAGCAGCAGCAGGUGUGUGGAGCACUGCUCUACCUGCUCAAUGAAAAGCAGGAGCACGACGGAGGUUUCAGGGAGGAUAACCCGGUUUACACCACCACCAUGACGGGUGGUCUCCUAGGCAGCGAGGCCAAGACCACACUGACAGCCUUCGUGGUCAUCGCCCUCGCCCAGGCAAGGAAGGCCGAGAUCAGCUGCGGCGGGAUCUCUGAGACCGCCUACCACAACGCAGCUAACUACCUGAAGAGGGAGCUGUCCAGGCCACUGAAGAGGCCCUACACAGUGGCCAUCUCCGCCUACGCCCUGACGCUGCUGGGGAAAGACCCGAGCUACAACCCCAUCACUCCCCUCCUCAACGCUGUUUCAGAGGGGAGCUACUGGGCUGACAGUGAGAGUCCUCUCUUCUCGCUGGAGGCCACCGGCUACGGCCUGCUUGCCCUGCUUGAGGGCGGCCACUUGGAUGAGGCCGUCAUGCCCUUCAACUGGCUAAACAGCAAGCGACGGAGGGGUGGGGGCUACGGGUCCACACAACCCACCAUGGUGGUUCUGCAGGCCCUCUCAGAGUACCUCCUCAAACGGGCCGCUGACCGGGACGUCAGCCUGCAGGUGGACCUCAAGGUCCCUGGCCGGACCGACCUGCGCUACCACUUUGAACCCCAAACCUCCUAUGUGGCGCGCUCUUCCAGGGCACCCCUGGACCAGGAGUUUGAGGUGGAGGCGCAGGGGAAUGGACAGGGAAUCCUGGAGUUGGUGACGUUCUACAACCAACUCCAUGAAGUGGAGGAGAAGAGCCUGUGUCCGCACUUUGAGCUGGAGGUGGCUACAGAAGAAUCCAGCGAGAAGCCUCCAGCGGAUGUUAUAAAGUCUUACCAGAUCACCAUCCGCGUAAGGGCCCUGGCACCCAGAGACGUCAGAAUGGUGGUUCUGGACAUCAGCCUUCCCACAGGCUUCACCCCAGACAACUCUGACCUGGAGAUGCUCAGCAACUCUGUGGACCGCUACAUCAAUAACUUCCAGGUGGUGGACAACCUGAGCGAUAGAGGCUCUCUCAUCAUCCACCUCUUCAAGGUCUCCCACAGGGAGCCAGAGAUCCUCAUAUUCAGGCUUCAGCAGAAUUUCAAGGUGGGCCUCCUCCAGCCCUCCUCUGUGACAGUCUACGAGUACUACAACCCAGACCACCGGUGCAGCCGGACGUACAGCCCCCCCGAGGACAAGGAAGCCCUCAGUCAGAUCUGCAGGAACGAUGUCUGCCGUUGCACACAGGGUGACUGCUGUGUUUCAAAGAGUGACAGUGAAACCAUUCCUGUGAACAAUCGGACGACGCAGGCCUGCGAGAGUUUGCACUAUGUGUAUAAGGUGAAGGUACUGAGUGUCAACCAGAGCUACUAUGAUAGAUAUGAGAUGGAGAUCACACAGGUUAUCAAACUUGGCCUGGAGCCUGACGUGGCAGAUGGCGUGAGCAGACUGUUUAUGUCGCAUGGAGGCUGCAGAGACCACCUGCACUUGCAGCAGGGCUCCCACUACUUCAUCAUGGGCCCCAAGGCGGACCUGUGGCACACUGACACCGGCUUCGUCUACAUGCUGGGCAAGAAGACGUGGGUGGAACGCUGGCCGUCCGAGGCGGAGUGCACCAGCGACGCAGCCUUGCAGGCCAAGUGUACCGUCCUGGAGGCGGCUGCCAGGGAUCUGUCCAUCAAUGGGUGCCGGCAGUAGUGCAGACCCUGCGCAUGGCUGGCAGCAGACCCAUGUUGAAUCAUGUGCAUGCUACAUGCUGACAUUGAUUGUAACAAUGUGUUUUGAAUCGGUUAUCAUUGGUCAAAAGGUUUUUUAGUUACUCAUAAAUACUAGGGCCCGACCGAUUUAUCGGCCUGCCCAUUUAAUCGGCCGAUUAUAGCCUUUUUGAAAAAAAAAUUUUAAUAAAUGUUAUUGCGCUUAGUAUCCUGCAGAUUGCGCUCCUACUCGCCUUGCUAACUAACAACUUUAG